AAGCAGACGACAGCGGACAAGGAGGAGAAGCAGACGACCGCGGAAAAGGAGGAGAAGCACAAGAGAGCGGACAAGGAGGAGAAGCAGACGACAGCGGACAAGGAAUAGAAGCAGACGACAGCGGACAAGGAAUAGAAGACGACCGCGGAAAACGAGGAGAACCACACGAGAGCGGACAAGGAGGAGAAGCAGACGACUGCGGACAAGGAGGAGAAGCAGACGACAGCGGACAAGCAGGAGAAGCAGACGACAGCGGACAAGGAAUAGAAGCAGAC